AAUUUAAGGACAUUUUUUUGUGGGACUUUUGCAGGAUUUCCAACAUUUUCACUGUACAGACAUGUGGUGGAUGCUGUUUCCUCGGUGGAUCUGGUUCCUCCUGGGACAAUGUUACACUCUGGUGCUUUAUAUGGACAGCUGCCGGGUGACAGCGAUGCCCAUGUCCGUGGCAAAAGUGGUGUACUCUCACGCAGGCCUGUGCCCGAACGACCUGAACCCCAACCUGUGGGUGGAUGCUAUGAGCACCUGCAUGCGCGAGUGUGAAUCUGACCAGGACUGUGAGACAUUUGAGAAGUGCUGCCCUAAUGUGUGUGGUAACAAGAGCUGUGUGGCGGCACGCUAUAUAGACAUCAAGGGGAGCAAGGGGCCUAUAGGGAUGCCUAAAGGAGCCACCUGCGACAAGUUCAUGUGCUCCCAGCAAGGGUCCGAGUGCGACAUCUGGGACGGCCAGCCUGUCUGUAAGUGCCGUGACCGCUGCGAGAGAGAACCCCACUUCACGUGCGCUUCUGACGGCAUGACUUAUUAUAACAAGUGCUACAUGGACGCAGAAGCCUGUUCCAAGGGUAUCUCUAUCUCUGAGGUCACCUGCAGGUACCACCUGACCUGGCCGAACACCAGUCCCAUCCCCGUGGAAACCACCUUACAUCCCACCACCGCCCUCCAGACCACCCUCCCCACGGACAUCCAGCUGCCGGUCAUCCACAGCGGCCCCACCCAGCAGGCCGUGUUUGUGGGCGAGACGGCCAGCUUCCUGUGCGAGGUGUCUGGGAAGCCGCAUCCGGAGGUCACCUGGGAGAAGCAGCUCAAGGGCAAAGACAACGUCAUAAUGCGACCCAACCACGUCCGGGGGAACGUCGUCGUCACCAACAUCGGCCAGCUGGUCAUUUACAACGCUCAGCUCCAGGACGCGGGGAUCUACACCUGCACGGCUAAAAACGUCGGAGGAAGCGUGUCGUCCCACUUUCCGCUGGUGGUGGUCAAGAAAGAACCGAGAGGUAAAAGCGCAGAGGGGAACGAGACCAACCUGCCGUUCCCGGCCGCAGAGUGCCUCAAAAGCCCCGACAUGGACGACUGCGGAGAGGAGAGCAUGAGCUGGUACUACGAACCCAAGAGGAACAACUGCUUCACCUUCACUUACAGCCAGUGCAACAAAAACAGAAACCACUUUGACACCUAUGAAAGCUGCAUGCUGUCAUGUGGAGGGGAGCUGGCGGCGCCCUGCAGCCUGCCGAGCCUCCAGGGUCCCUGCAAGGCCUACGAGCCCCGCUGGGCGUACAGCAACACCCUCAAGAAGUGCCAGUCCUUCGUGUACGGAGGCUGCGGGGGCAACGAGAACAACUUCGAGUCCAAAGAGGCCUGCGACGAGAUGUGCCCCUUUCCCAAGAACAACAACUGCAAGGUGUGCAAACCCCGAGGCAAGAUGGUCACCAGCUUCUGCAGGAGUGACUUCGUGAUCCUGGGGCGGGUGACCGAGCUGACGGAGGAGCAGGAGUCGGGCCACGCCCUGGUGACGGUGGAGGAGAUCCUGAAGGACGAGAAAAUGGGUCUGAGGUUCUUCGGCAAGGAGCCCCUGGAGGUGACGCUGCUGAACAUGGACUGGAACUGCCCCUGCCCCAACAUCACCGCGGCCGACGGGCAGCUCAUCAUCAUGGGGGACGUCCACAACGGCAUGGCCGUCCUGCAGCCCGACAGCUUCGUCGGCUCCUCCAGCCCCCGCAGGAUCAGGAAGCUGGGCGAGGUCGUGCACAAGAAGACCUGCGAUUUCCUGAAGGAUUUCACCGCGGCGCAGUAGAGUUCUCCGAGAGUCAAACAUCGUCAAGCUCAAGUGACCUCAACACUAGUAACUUAUAUUUACCUCUGGAGGUUUUGUCGCCUUUUCCAAAUGUUUUUCCUCCACUCACGUGAUUCA